AUGUCUUUACCAACAGAAGCUACUCAAGUAAUUUUUGAAAGAUUACCAGAAGGUGAUGGUGAAAUCAUCACAGAUACAUCAAAACCCGAUUCUACAUUCAGUGUAAAAACCGUCAAAUUAAAUGAGAAUUUGAAAAAUGGUGAGUUAUUAAUCAAGACUUUGCUAUUAUCUAAUGAUCCAACACAAAGAACUUGGUUAAGAAAACAAGGAAAUAAUGCAAGAAGCUACAUUCCGCCAGUUUAUGAAGGAAAUGUUAUGGAAUCUUUUGGAUUGGGUGAAGUUUUAAAGUCAACAUCUGAAAAAUAUUCAAAAGGAGAUAUUGUUAGUGGUCGUAUUGAUUGGGCUGAUUUCGCAAUAAUACCAGAGGCUAAAAUACUUAAUAAAAUUGAUACGAAAUCAGGUUUACCAUUAUCUUAUUACUUGUCUGUAUUGGGAAUGACUUCAUUAACUGCAUUUUUUGGCCUUACUGAAGCAGGCCAAUUGGGUAAAUAUUUAAAGGAGAAACCAGAAAAGGGGAAAGGUCCAAUUGUAUGUGUUUCAGCUGCUUCAGGAGCAGUUGGAUCAACUGUUGUUCAAAUUUCUAAACAUUUAUUAGGGGCAUCAAAAGUUAUUGGUUUAGCUGGAUCAGAAGAAAAAUGUAAAUGGGUAGAAAGACUAGGUGCUGACUUAUGUGUUAAUUAUAAAGAUUCUGAUUAUCAAGAUAAAAUUAACAACUUUUUGGGUGACUCGUAUGUGGAUGUCUAUUAUGAUAACGUAGGGGGUCAAAUUUUGUCCUUUCUCUUAACCAAGAUGAAAGAAUUUGGUAGAGUGGCAGCAUGUGGAGCAAUUUCAGGAUAUAAUGAUCCAAAAGAAUCAUAUGUUACCACAUGGUUUGACAUUGUUGCCCAAUGUAUUACUGUUGAAGGAUUUUUGGUUUUUAAAUAUAAAGAGAAAUUCCCAGAAGCUAUAAAAAUUUUAAGUGAUGCAAUUAAAGAAAAGAAGAUAGAUGUUGAUGAUUCAAUUCAUAUCGAGAAAUUGAAGGGUGAUUCACCUGAGCAAAAGUUAUCAGAAAUUCCAAAAAUUUGGAAUUUGUUGUUUAAUGGUAACAAACCAAACGGUAAGUUGUUAAUCGAAGUAGCUUAG